AUGCAACGAGUUCUCCCAUUGCGAUCAGGAAUAAUUAUCCGAUCCGGCUUGCAGCCAUGUCAGGCCUCAUACCAGCUGGCCAGAGGUCUAGCCACAGCCGACAGCGGAUCAAGGCCAGACUCGGACGAUACCGUCUCUCAGGAGCCAGCCACUACCGCCGCCUCGACGUUGACGUCUAGUGCUACAGAAUCUCCAGCCACCACCACAACAGAGACGACGGCUGCGGUCGAGAAGGAAGAUCUGGUCAAAAAGUUCAAGCUGAAGCCUUCAGCCGAGGUUGGAAUCCGAGCGGGCAAGCGAGAGAAGCAGAGAAAACGAGACCAGGAGGAGGCCGCUAGGAAAGCUGCCGAGGAAGAGUCACGAUCAGGAGCUGACAAGAUCCAUCGACUCUUUGAGAAGCUGCAGUUGGGAGAUGGCGACAUGACGAACGGAGGUUCGAGGACAACCGGAGGCGCAUCGGCAGGAGCAGCAGGGUUAUCAAAAUCACCUCUGGGCAAAAAUGUUUCUGACUCUUGGAAGUUCUUGUUUGACGAGGAUGACUUGAAUGAGAAGAAGACCAAGGCGACGACGACAACAGAAGCAGCAACGACCGUGGGUGCAGAGAAGAAAGAGACAUUAGACAGGAUACCAGGCGCAUCAGAUUUGUUCCCGAGCUUGUCAGAGUACCGUUCACCGACCUCAGGAAAGCCGUCAGCAGAGACUUUGACUCCUAAAGGAGAUCGCUGGAAGGAUCCCAAGCUGAAAAGCGCAGAAAAGGAUGCGUUCAAGGCUCUGUUCUCCUCGUUGUUUGAGCAAAAGGCGACGACCCAGGACUCUGCUCCAGGAAGCAAGGUCCAGUCAUUGUUCUCCAACUUCAAUCGCGCAGGAAUGGAUUCCUCGACGGACAACCCAAAGGCAGAGGAUUCAGCAACGGCGAAUCUACUCGAGACCCUCGCUGCCAAUACGCCAUCAACACCGGAAAUACCGACAUCCAGCGAGGAUCCCAUGCAGGUCCUUAACCGCCAACUGUUCAACCUGUCCAAGCGUGUCGAGCCCAUCUAUCUGGACCAUAAGCCCAAGACAUCGGCAUUCCAGGCUAUGGAGAGCACCGUUGCAGGACAGGACUGGAUGUCUCGAGAUGCGACCCGACCCAACAGCAAAAACACGCUCUUUGCGGCGAUCCAAGAUGAGAACAAGGUUGCGAUCAGGAUGAGGAACGAGCUUGUGGCCAAGAGCGGUGAUGUUAUCAAGAUCAAGGAGUUUGUGGACGAAUUGAUUGCUCCCUAUGUCGACACUUCGUCGUCCGCGGGAUCCAAGAAUGAACCCCGUCCCUCGAGUAUUAGUUUGGAUGGGCUUUUGGCGCAAGCCAUUCUGAGCUCUUCCGCAAGUAGCCUAAUUGGAGUCCCCGCGACUUCCAUUAUUCGAUCCAAGGUCGAGGAAGUUCAAACCCCUCCCGUGAAAGCCCAGCGUUCGUUGCACCCCUUCAUGGGUCACGCGCUAGUGGAGCACACCCGACGACAAGGCCUGCCUGUCUUUAUUCGAGUUGUCCGUACCGAGUCCUACAGAGCGCUGCUCAAGAGUCGAUGGGAUACAUGGCGCGAUGGACCAGGAUGUCUGGAGAUCCUGAAGGAGAUGCAGCGCAAUGGAGCCCUGGUGGAUCGAGAGACGUUGAGUCUCGUCAGGAAGAUGCAGAGGGAUAUCAACGAGGCUUCUGUUCCGGCUCCUUUGACAGGCGAGGAGACAACGAUUCAGCAGUAUGGAUGGGGCGACGAGGAACAGGCAGCGCCGUUGGUGGAGAUGCUGAAUAUGAUUGAGGGUGAGGUUGGGAACCGGCAAGAGUCAUCCAAUAUGAGGCAUUGGGCAAAGCGUGCCGACUCUAGUAAUAUGCACCAUUAA